AAUGCGCACGCCCCGAAUGCACCGGAAGUAACUUAUGAUCUGUGUUUUGCAACACAGUUAUAAUAAAUGUGUGUUCUGGUGUUUUUCAGAUAACAGAAUGGAAUAAAAAGGCUAUGAUUUUUAUUUGAUGAGGAACUAAACGCCAACAGAGGAAAUGGCAGGAGUAACUUAAACGGCAGUUUGUGGUAACCGUUCCGUCGGCUAUGAAGUCGCUGCAGGAAUACGUAACCCGUAUCUUUUACACACAUGGACUGUUCUGUGCGAGCCACCCUUACUCUAUCCUAUCCGUGGUCAUCUGUAUCAUGCUCACCUCAUUUUAUCCCUUGGUGAACAUGCCGCUACCAGGAAAUGUCCCGUUACAACACAGAGAACCGCUAGUUAGUUACAGAGUCCCGUCAGAAGAUUCCCCCAAAACUCCCACCCCCCAGACUGGCCGACAUCCGACAGACCUCCUUAAACCUCCCUGGUAUCUAGGGGUUCCAGUUGGUUACAUUCAGCAAAUUAUUGUCAAGGCAACAGUCUCACCAUGGAAACAAGAGUACAUGAUUCCAGAAGAUGCAUUUAGGUCACCUUUACUGCGUGUGUUUGAAAUUCUAGAAGAAUUGGAAAAAUUUAAAUUCAGAGAUGGCUCGAAGGAGUAUGCCUUGUCUGACGUGUGUCUGCGAGUGGGUGAAGUCUUGCCUAAGAUCAAGUUCAAAGAAUUCCUUCCGGAAUAUUCCUGUCUCACGCUCUCACCAGCCAACUUUUGGUUUGGCAGGAAAGACAUAUAUCUUGGAGAUGGGGAGAUUCUCAAAACCUUGUUUAAACGGCAUGGUCAACCAUUGGAGACACCGCCUUAUCUCAGAGACGUGUUGUUUGGAGUUCCGUGGAAGAGUUCGGGGAUUUCUCGCUACUUCAUUAGGAACCAACAGAGAACUAUUAGCUUUGCUGUCUCUAUCGCCCUGAAAACUUAUGAUCAAAGAUUUCUCUUGGCCUUGAGGUCAAGGCUGGAAGAUCUCUAUCCAGAGACGGCAAAGAAUGUGAACAACAGCCAGAUCAACAGCAUGGUGCACAUCCAUUAUCCCAACAGUAAAGUUUUCACCGAGCACACCUACCUCAUCAUCACCUACGUGUUUCUUCUCAUGUAUAUAUACUUCUCUGUCAGGAAGAUUGAAAUGGUGAAGUCCAAAUGGGGACUGGCUCUCAGUGCAGUCGUUACCGUGGUGACCUCGCUUCUGAUGUCCGUCAGUUUCUGUUCAUUGUUUGGACUGACUCCCACACUUAAUGGAGGUGAGAUUUUUCCAUACUUGGUUGUGUUCGUGGGUCUGGAGAAUGUGCUGGUUAUUACAAAAUCGGUUGUAUCAACACCACUGGACCAGGAUGUUAGAUUCAGAAUCGCACAAGGAAUAAGUCGUGAGGGAUGGUCAAUCACAAAGAACCUGGCAACAGAGCUCAUCAUUGUUGUGGGAGGCUUCUUCACCUUUGUACCGGCUAUUCAGGAAUUUGCCCUGUUUGCCAUGGUAGGGCUGCUGACGGAUUUCUUCCUACAGCAUGUGUUCUUUCUCACUACUCUGUCCAUUGACAUCAGAAGAAUGGAGCUGUCAGAUCUUCACAAGAAUAUAAGGACCUCCGUGUCAGAGGGGCAGCUGGGUUAUCCCCCAGGGUCCAAGGUCAUCGAACCCCUGGUCCUGUGUCCAGUGCGAGGCUUCAUGUCUGCCUCAAGUGUGGAAGUCACUGAUAAAGCUAGUCAGAAGAAACACCGCCGGACAUCUUCUAAUGUCUCCCUCGGCCCGCCGUCAUCGCUGGCAGACACCAGUCGAAUGUCGAGACGCUUACGGCUUAUCGAUUUCCUGGCUGAUACCCGAGUUAUCCAGAGAUUCAUCAUGUUCUGCACUGUGGUAUGGAUUGGACUAAUCGUGUACAAGAGUGGAGUCUUAGAACAUUUCUCUAACCCCAACGCACAAAAUGCAACCCAGGAUUCCACUCAGCAGGCAGUACCACCUGCUGAAGAACUCUCCCGUGUUGGAAGUAGAGAAGGACAGAGCACUGUUAGACAGUCUAGUAGAUCGUGGUGGUUUCAGGGUGAGUUGGUGGAUCCAGAGGGAGCGGUGAAACACCGGGAAGUGGAACUCUGGCAGGACUUGUCAUACAAACAUUGGCCCACAUUGUUCGGAUACUACAACAUCAGUUUAUAUGGAAAAUUCAUAUCCAUAUUACCCAGUCUCCAUCUCUCUGUCAUUGUGGACCCAAAUGAAGCUAUUUCCCUACGGCACCCUAGUGAAAAUGCAGGGAAAACACCUCAGCAGAUUAAAAAGGAAAUCGAACAGAUAUCUCAGGAGCAGAUGUCGGAGGCCAAACGAGUGGAGUCAGAUGUUCUUCCCGAUGACAGCAUUAAAGGACUGCUUGAUUCACUGCCAAAUUAUGUUUAUGAUUCAGACCAUCUUAGAAAGUUGUAUGACCCUGAAGAACUGAAAAAGCUGUACCCCAAAUCUCAGAGAGAACUCGUCUCCACUCUUCUCUUGGUGCUGUUUAGUGCUAUAUGUCUCUCCUACUUUGCACUGGCAUUGUAUCACUGUAUCUGUCCCAAAAACUAUGCCAGGUGGCGCUCACGUUGGUUCAGAGGUCAGCACAGGAAACGGGAGAAGACUGGCGAGUAUUACAAGCAGAUCAAGGAAUCUGUUCCAAAAGUCCUUAAAGGCCACCUUCAGGAGAUAGAAUGCGUGGCAACAGACGGGCAGUACAUUAUCAGUGCCUGCCUGGGCGGUCAGCUGAGGGUGUGGGACUCAAUCACAGGGGAUUGUGUCACGGUCAUCCACAGAAAGGGAGCCACACCCCCUGUGAAGAGGAAACCUUGUUUGGGAAGGAACAUCAAUGACAGUGAUGCUGAUUUAUAUGCAGAAUACCAUGGUAAUGGUAGUCAUAGUAACAGCAGUGACCCAGAGGAAGGUGACUGCCAAAUUGCUUACCACAGACAGAAGACAGACAGCCAAGGGCUUGCAAUGCAAGGGAAGAAACUCUUCCAGAAUCAGCCCAAUCUGUCGGGUACAAUUCACACAAAUUUCUUCCAGGCUCCUCCUUCUCCAGUCAGCCAUACCUCCCCCACCUCCCUGGAUCCACCAACACUUUUUACCCCGGGAAGUUCUCCUUUAUCAAGCACUUCAUUGAGUCAGUUGACUUCUGACUCGUUUGAUUUUCAGUCACGAUUUCAGCCUCUUUUUGACGAGCACACUCAGUACUUGACAGAGAACCCCCUGGAGGAGGAUGUUUUCCCAGAUGUAAGGUCGAGAAGCUGGAGUGCUGGUGACAACCCUCUCACUACUGAGCAUGAUGCUGCAUUGUUUGACUCCGGCUUUGAGGGGAAUAAUGCCCCCGCUAUCUGGUGCCUCGCCUGCUGCCAGGGUUUGAUAGUCACUGGCUGUGGAAACGGCAGGAUAGAGUUUUGGGAAAGCACAAGCGGCAACUUGAAAUAUAUUUAUGGUGAGAACCAGACUGGAGUUACUGCCCUUUGCAUAGUCAAUAAAAGAGUGGUGGCAGCCAGACUUGAUGGUUCCCUAGACUUCUUAGAAAUUGAAACAUUCCAUAAUCCUAUUUUUACAUCACCCAUUCCGUCCACAUCAUCACAUAUUAAAGGGCAUGUGAGGCAUCAUAGUCAACAUAAAGUAGUUGUCAUGGAGUCACUGAAGAAAUGGGAGGAGAUAUUGCAUGUUACCUUGGUGAAAUAUGUCAAAGCUCACCAACAGCCAAUCAUGAGUCUGAAAUGUGAAGGAGGGCGUGUCAUUUCUGCCAGUCAGGACCACUCUUUAAAGGUGUUUCGUCUGGAGGACUGCUGGUGCUUGUACACAUUGUAUGGUCAUACAACAAAAAUUACAGCGCUUCAUGCUGACAAGUCACCACCAUUUAACGUGGCUAGCGGUGAUGCAGAGGGAACCACCAGACUCUGGGAUCUCCAUACAGGCACCUGCCUCCACAAGGUCAAAGUUCAUGAGGCUGCAGUGGUGGCCUUGACCUGUACCAUUAAAUACGUUAUCAGUUCCGGACUGGAUGACAGACUCUGUUUGUGGGACAGAAAGAGAGGAACACUCGUUCAUGAACUGGAAAUGGAUCCUUGUGGAAAUAACUGUAUGUCACUGUUGACCUCUCACCUUUUAGUGUUGGGAGGUCAAGGUUAUAUCCAAUUGAUUGACCUUGACAAAGGUGAGAUCUUAAGAAGAGUGAGUGUUGGAUCCUCGGACAAGUCGGCAUUUGUGAAUCAGAUCCAUGUUGUACAGAACACGGUGAUAGUUUGCGAUUAUGCAAGCGAGAUGAAAGUGAUUCAGUUCCCCACUGUGUUAGAGAAGUCAGACUGAUAAUGAAAAAAUAACUGAUGUUGUAAUCUUCCAUUGGAUAUCAAUGGAAAUGAAGAAGGAACCGCCCAAGUCUGGCAACUGUGAAAGAUUUCUGAUCUCAUGUGAUAUACCAUCUGUUUAUGGUAUAUCAUAGAAAAUUGUAUGGUAUUCUGUUUUCCUUUCUGUAUAGUGUCACACCUUGUAAUGCUUAAUUAAAAAUUUUUGGGCAAUUAUAGCAUAGAUUUAUUACGGAUGUUCUUUACAGAAUGAACCAUUUUGAUUAGCAGUGAUACCUGUUUGUAAGAGAUGGUGAGAGAUAUAAAUCUUUGUGUGUGCAGAUGAAAUACAAUAUCUACAGUUUUGUUGUGGUAUACCUAUCAAUUGAACAAUGUUUUAAGCACUGUCGUCUUUAUAUUCUGUAAGCUGAACAAUGUUUGUUUUAAGCACUGUCGUCUUUAUAUUCUGUAAGCUGAACAAUGUUUGUUUUAAGCACUGUCAUCUUUAUAUUCUAUAAUUCUGUAAGCUGAACAAUGUUUAUUUUAAGCACUGUUGUCUCUAUAUUGUAUAAAUCUGUAAGCUGAACAAAUGGCAGCUGUCUUGAAAAUUUUAUUUUUUUAAUACUAUGCUUUUUUUGACGCAGCAUUAAUCCAUAGUCUUUGACAAAUAGAUUGUUACCAUGUUGUUUGAUAAGGUGUGUGCUGUAUAUCACAUGUUCUUUGUGAAAACUCAAUUUUUUGCAGAAAUUCUUAAGAUUUCUGAAGUGCAAAAAUGAGGUUUUGUGAAUGAUUUUGCAUAUAUAUACACAAAUAUGUGUAGGUAGUGAUGAACAAAUUGUGAAAAUCAUUUGUCUCCGACACUCGUAAGUUGUACAUGCAGCAAGGAAAGAUGUCAGAAAAUAAUUCCGUGAAAUAGGGAUGUACAGUGUGGAUUGUAGUAGACAUGUAGUUUGGUGUUCAAUUUUCAGUCAUAAACGGCGAUAGGGGAGAAAAUAUUUUGUAUUUUGCAUACUAGGGAUUUUCAAAAACGGUUUUAGCAGCGUGUGUGUGUGUGUCCCUGUCAAUUACCCGGUGCUAAACUGACAAAAGUGGAUUGUGAAGUGCUCAAGACUUUCUUUAACAUUUGAAUUAUUAGUUGUGAAAUACUGUGUUUAAAUUAAUUGUUAGAUAGAAAACAGCUUAUUUAUUUUACAGUCGUGAGAAUCCACAUGAUCCUAUUCCUCAUAAAUUUAUGUUUGUUUUGAUUAAAGACUAUACGUGUACAUAUCAAUAGUAUAAGACUACCUAUGUUUGUCAUGAUAAGUUAUAGCUGUUUUACAUAAUCUGGAUUUCAUGGAAAAACUGUAUAUGUGCAGUCUGAAAGUAUUUAAUAUGAGCUAUCAGAAUUCCUAAAAUUUUGAAAUCCAAUUGCUCUGGGAUAAAAUGGAUGAGGGAUGAAUUUGUACUAGAUAUAUAUUUUUGUAUUUUCAAUUACAUUAGGUUCAGUUACAUGUACACCCAUGCAUAGGCAUAAAUCAUUAUCUAUUGUGUGAUAAAUACCUUUCUAGGAGACUGCUGUGUACAUAUAUUUAAUUUAUUUUCACAUAAAUUAUCCCCUUUUACAAAAUGCAGCAACAUUAGGGGAAAGAUCAAAAGUUCAAUGUCUGACAAAAAACUUAAUUCACAUAGGUUUCACCCUUAAAACUAAAUAUGAUUGUUGAAACUAAUCGAUUGACAAAUAAAAACAUACAUUCAAGUAUACAUUAAAUAACACUGUAUACCUUCUCUACUGUCCAUUCACUAAUGAAAGUGUACAUUAAAACGAUCAAAUGCUCAUUGAAAUAUAAUUAUAUUAUUAUGUGGUUUUUAAGAGUCACUUGUCUUUUUUUUUUCCAAUUCAAAAGUGUAAUCUUCAUCAGAUAAUAGGAAGUCACUGGAGUAUUUAAUAUCUCCCCCCCCCCCCCCCCCCCACUCUCUCUCUCUCUUCUAAAUAUUUGAAUUUCGAUUUUUAUCAGACAUCAAUCUUUUGAUCUCUCCUCUAGGGGCAUUUGUUUACAUAAGGGAAAUUUGUUUAUCCUAUGUACAUUGGUUGUCUCCCUUGUUGAAGGGAAAUUCAUUUUUGCUAUGUACAUUUGGUUAAUUGUCUCUCUUGUAGAAGGGAAAUUCAUUUUUCCUUUGUACAUUGGUUGUCUCCCUUGUAGAAGGGAAAAUCGUUUUCCUAUGUACAUUGGUUGUCUCCCUUGUAGAAGGGAAAAUCGUUUUUCCUAUGUACAUGUGCUUGUCUUCCUUCUAGAAGGGAAAUUCAUUUGUCCAGCAGACCUGUCUAUUUCACUCCCACCUAGAAAUGUACGGUACAAUUACGCAGUUGAUUGUUCGUGACAUUUAAAACAGACAAUCGAUGUCCAUACUCCAUCAAUAAAUAUCAUACACACAAUGCACCAUGUUUUAUUUUGAUGUAAAUUAUUUCUCCCACGAUAUAUACCGGGAUGUAAUUUUUAUUGACUUCAGUGUAAAGAAGCAGCAGAAGUAUUCUGUAGAUCACUUCUUUUUUUUUCACAAGACCUGAAUUUUGUGAGGAUACAAUGAGUGAGUAAUGAGUCAUAACUUCACAAAUCAUUAUUUAUUUUAAAUCUUCUAUAUUUUGUGAAUGACAUUCUAGAAGAUGCACAACUCUAUUUUUAGGUCAUCUGAGUCACAUAUUAUGUCUUUGUCCACCGUUGUGUGUCCUUUGUCGUGUGUUGGUCUUAAACUUUUGGAUAUUUUCAGCUUCUACUCAGGAACGGCUGAUCCAAUUUCAACCAAAUUUGGUACAUGUAUAUAACAUCUAUAGGUAAAGGGACACAAAUUUGUUUUUAAUUUCAUGGACUCUGAGGGGUGCGUGACCAAACCUUCAAAAUUGAUGUAAUUUUCAAAACUCUUCUUUACCUCUGGACAUCCAAGCACAUGAUAAUAAUAUAAGCAAUGAGUUUUUAUUAAAACGGUGAAAUUCAUGACCCCAGGGUUCAGGGGUCAUGACCCCAAGGUGUACUUAUGUUGGAUGGGUCAUAUGGAAAAUGUUUUAUAUCUCAAAAAAUAUCUUUACUGCUGGAAAUUAAGCUGACACACUGUAUCAAUAUAGUUAGGAAUUGGCCAGGAUGGGACUUAUUUGAUCAAUGAAAACACAAUAUAUUUUAUUAGAAAAUCUUGACAACUGGACAUUAAGCAGUCAAACUUCGAUUAUCAUGCACGAUGAGCCCGCUUUGAAAACUAUGAAUUAAUUUGCCAGUUUAAAACUCAUAAUGAAAUCUCAUUUUUGCAGGGGUGAUAAAACUUACUCUAGCCUCUAGCUAUAAAAGAAUUCUAAAUAAUCAGUUGUAAAUGAUAGUUAUACCAAAUAUAUUCAUCAUCUAGUACAAUUAAAGUAUAAAGAUGAAGCAGUAUAAAAAACGCACGGGUAACGGUGAUUUGUAAAGACCCCCAAAAAGUGCAUGCGUAGGUGACCGUUACGGGACUCAUAUUGACAUAAUAUUAUCUGAAUGAUACACAAUAUACAUUGUAUUAAAUUGUGGUCACUGUUGCUGGCAAUGCGGGUUCAGAAUAAAGCUUUCUAUUGUUUAGAGAGCUUUCAAAUUGGUGCAAAAAUAUGAGUUGAUUCUAAAUCUGUUUUGUGCAUAAUGUAUAUAUAUUAUAUAUAUAUAUACACACACACACACACACACAUACAUGUAAGUGCAUGUACGAAGUCCAAUUUCGAUCUCGUCCAUAAAGGUCAUAGGAAGUGUGAUUUUGAAUUUACAUACAGUCAUUGAAAAGAUGAAGUGCUUAAUUAUGUUAUACAUGUAUGUUGGGCUUUAUUAUGGAAAAGUGCUUGCAUUUUAUUAUGUUCCUUACAAUCUCUGAGAAAUGAAAUUUGAUUGCUUUUAAUAAAAAUUAUGUAUAAUUUA